AUGAAAUCUGGAAAGUGUCAGGAUGAUGUUUUUUUAACGACGCCGGUGCUCUCUUUUCCCAAGAUGGCCCAGCAGCAGUACCAGGCUGAGCCCAAUCGUCUGACAAGUGGCACUCUCGCCAAUUCGAGCAUUCCAAAUGCGGUGACGGUCUCAGCCACACCCUCAUCUAACACCACGGUGACCUCGGGAGCCACCACAAUGCUCACGCGAAUGAACAGCAACUUUGGCCAGUACUACCUUCGGUUUCUGCGCGUGUUUUUGUUGCAGGUUCAAUGGCUAUUGCAAAAUUACGAGACGGCGGAAGGCGUUAGUUUGCCUCGAAGCACACUCUACUCGCACUACUUAAAUCACUGCCUCGACUACUGGCUGGAACCCAUGAACCCAGCCUCCUUCGGCAAACUCAUCCGCUCCGUCUUUGUCGGUUUGCGCACGCGACGAUUGGGCACACGAGGCAACUCGAAGUACCACUACUAUGGCAUUCGCAUCAAGCAAACUUCAAGUCUCAACACCAUGAAAAUAAACCGACCAUCAGCUUGUUUUUACGCGUGUUACUCGAAAUUCCGAUCGAUUCGAACUAACCUCUCCGACGGCACCUCGUCUGACGGCACUUCGAGCUACGCACGACCGGCGCCAACAGACGAUGUCAAGAGAGGCGUCUACUCGAGUUUCAUAAAGCCCGCGUACCUUGGAACCAGCAAUACCAACAGUCACCGCAUCGUUGCGAGCAUAACCAAGCCGUUGCCGGUCGCUGGUUCCACAUCCCAGAUAGAGGGUGCAGCGAGUCUGGCACCAAAUGACCUUCCAACGAUGAAUGCAUGCGACCCUGAUUGGCUCAUUGUCACGACAGCCACAAAACGGGAAUCAAGUGACGAGAAUACGGGGCUGUGGAAGCCCUGGGAAGCAACCGGAAGCAACCAACAACAGCAGCAGCAGAGAAUUUCACCGCCCGACUUCGAUUGGACCAGCACCUCGAGAGAGGGAGGGAAGCUCCCCGUUGACACAGAAGUUACCGACGCCGGAAUCGACGCUGGGUGCCUGGUGUGCUUGACAGACAAGACCGGCGAUAGCGAUGACCGGCUCUACUUCGGCUCAGGCAGCGACCACAACUUUAGCUUCCCUCGACUCACAGACCUUUGUCAUUCCGUCGGAAUUGAUCUAAACCUAACCUGUGUCAAGGCUAUUUCAGGGUCUUAUCCGAUGGAUUUGUCCGUGGAAGGUAACGGCGAUCCCAGUCGCAUUUCGAAAGAAACCACAGAACACGAGGCAAUCAUCGACUUUGUGAAACUCUACGAACGCCACUGUGCAGAAGUCUACCAGGCAAUCAUAACGCCACAACUCGAAAAACUUAGAAACAUUUGGCAAAGAUUUUGGAAUCCUUGUGACCGAUUGGGCCGUGAUUCAAGCCAAGGCGAAAGCAGUAAAACGUACGAAAACCGGCUAAGCAAAGUGCAUCUCGCCUUGCUCAACAGCAGGAAGUGCCUGUGUCAGUUUGUUGAAAUUGCAGAUCGCGCCCUCUACCAGACCCUAUUAGAGAUUAUAGUUGGCGACAGCCUCAAGUCGAUGCCGCCUUCGUUGCUUCACACCGUGAGGAUUAUGGUCAAACGAAUUCAGCAUUGUUUGCGCUCGGCUAUUCGACACUUGAGUCCGACACUCAUAAACUGCAAGCUGGCCGCCAUCAGCGGAUUUGUGAAGGGUCUUCGCAGGGUAAUCGGUCUCGCCCACCUGAGUCGAGCUGUCGCCCAAGUGCUGGAGACGCCGGAGCGUCUCGAACAAAUGAAGAUUGACAUCUCGAAACUCGAUCUGGAGAGCAUCGAGUCACAAACUAGGCGCAGCUGCUAUUCUCUGUUCCAGGCACAGGGUUCAUGGGCAAGCGACUGUCUCCCUUCAUGGACACUGUUCUCAGAGCACAGCCUUCUCGCCAACUUCGUCGUCACGGGCACUGAUGCCUUCUACCGCGAGGAGAGCAUGCCUGCCUUCCUGCCGGGCUGUAGGAGUCGCAAGUCGUCCCCCUGUUCGAACAAUGAAGGCUCAGAUGGUGCCUUCGAGAGAGGUGGAUGUCCCUUCACAAUGGUCCAGCUGCACGUGGAACUGCAGGCUCUGCUCUCAUCGAACGCCUCCCUCAACUGCUGGGUUGCCUGGCUCGACAAGGUCGUCCACCGUGGACUCUCGGGUCGAGUUUCCGGUCCCAAAAGAGCGAAUGCUGCGCGACAUCUGAUGCUCGUGUGGAACUACUACAGUUCCUUGCUGAUUCGUGAACUAACGCUUCGUUCGGCAUUGAGUUUCGGCAGUUGCUACCUCCUUCGAAUGCUCUGUGACGAGUACCUCAGCUUUCGUCUGGAGCAGGUGGCGUCAUCGCCGCUGUUGGCGAUUCCUCUGCGGUGGAGCACCAAUGUUCCACAUGCCUCGGAUGGCUGUGUUUACCACGACCAGAUUCCACCGCCGAGUGUGCCGUCGGCCAGCGAGGAACGCAGCACGGCGACCACACUGCUGACGACCUUCAACAGCAAGGAUGUAGAACAGGGUCAGAACCUGGAAAUCAACUCGAACAGUGCACGAGAUGCAGACACAAUAUCAAUGUGGGAAAUUAUUUCUUCAAAUUCUUAUUUCGGAUGUUUCGAGAGCAACCAGACGGCUAGCGACUCCCUCCUGCUGGCUCCGUCGAGUGCACUGGGGCAGGAGAUGUGGUCGAGCGGGUCCAUGCACACAGGCGAUAUUCUCUCCUCCUCGGCGUACUCGGCCAUCUCAGGUCCGCCUUUUGCCGAGGAGUUCAUCGACGCGACGACCACAGCCACCAGCGUCACUCCUCCUCCUCUUCCUCCUCCGCCCACUCCCGCACCAGCCCCACCCGUCUCCACCUCACCCCCUGUCAGCAUGGUGCCAGUUUUCCCGGACCAGAUUGUACCCCCGUCGCCACCACAUGCACCCGCACCACCACCGCCACCUCCGCCACUUACCUCUAAGCAUCCUUCACUCGUGAUGCAUUCCACGAAGCCGAAACACAACGAACUGAGGCAGCUGGCUCCAACAAUGGUAACCUAUGAUCACAGUGCAAUAGAAGCUUUACCCAUUCGGACGUCAGCCUCUGGUUCUCAGAAGAUCAGCCGCAAAUCUGUUCGAGUCACCAUCGGCAAGGAGGAGCCACCGGAUUAG